UCUAGGCCUAAUGAAAAAAAAUGGCAGGAACUUUUUCAUUAGGAUUAGGAGGAGACCUAGGACCAGGCUCAGGUUCAACAAACAAUGCAGAUGACAACUUAACUUUAGAUUCAAGUUCAAAUAAGUCUAACUUUAUGGAGGCAAAUGUCAGGCAGGUUCUAGAUUGGCUUGAAGGCGAUGGUUUACAGGAAUGGAUGCAAUCUGAAUCCGGGCCGAGCAGCAGUUAUAAUACUGUAAAGCAGAUUAGAUAUGCAGUAUCAUUGUUGAAGCAAUUCAGUAAGCGAGUGAACAAAAAGUUUGAUGAUGAUAUUGACAUCAAGUCUUUGGAUGUUCUUCUGUCAAACUUCUACAAAGGUGCUCGUAGCAGAAAGGGGGGCUUCUAUUCCACAAAAUCAAUGCAUGCAAUUCGAUAUGGCCUGCAGCGCCACUUUCUUAAAACCCGUAGUGUCAACAUCAUGAAGAGAGACAAAUUUCCUUCGUCUAACAGUAUUUACAAGGCUGUGGUUCGUAAGAUAAGGAGAGUCCAUGGAGACAAGGAAUCUAGGAAAUUCUCCCCGAUCACACCAGAGGACAUGGGACGUAUCCAGGCGAUUUUAGAUUUAAAGACCCCACAAGGAUUACAGUGGAAAGUAUUCCUGGAUACUGUGCUUUACUUCGGUAGAAGUAGCAUGAAGAUCCUCCGCUUGGCAAGACACAGUGAGUUCGUCUUGCAUCGGGAGGAUAACAAACUCUACUACACGUUUCGAGACGAUGACGUUAAAAUGCAAGCCAUGCCUGGCAAUCCUCGUUGCCCUGUCCUGAACCUGAACAAGUACAUCUCGAAACUUCACUUGGACUGUCCGUUCUUGUGGCAGAGGCCCAGGAUACGGACGAUUCCCCAGGCCUGCCAAGGAGAUCAAUUUCAGGACCAAUCUCCUUGGUACAGCACAUCACCCCUGGGGAGAAACAUGUUGAAUUCAUUGAUGCGGACAAUCAGCAAAGCAGCAUCUUGCAAGAAGAUCUACACCACGCACUCAUUGAGGAUAAGCUUGACGGACGAGAUACUGGAGGUGUUAUCGGGAAGCUCAAACAUCAGUAAAGGCAAUGCCAUCACGGUUAUCACACUUCCAACUCCGGCAUCAUCUGGGGAUGGCAUUGUUGCUGACAUGAACAGGGCUACCACCACUAGACCCAAUAUUCCAAUCCCUGCCAGUACCAGUACUGCUCUCAAAGGCCCUUUGGUAAACAUCGUUCAGACUCCUAGACCUAGUUUGACUGGUUCCUCAAGUAACUUAGCAACCAAUCCCAUUCAGCAGGACAACAGGACGACUUUGAAAUCAAAUACAAACAUCGAGAAAGGUACAAUGACUGACCUAAGCUGGACCGAACUACCAAGAUUCCUUGUACAAUCUGCAGAUGCAUCCACUCAAUGCAAGAUGUUUGUAACCCUGAAGACAAGGUAUACAUCCACUGCUACCACCUCGUCCACACCUACAGCACAUCCACAGCAGCAAGCGAUUGAACGGUUUGAUCAUAACUCACCAUCACGCUCCAAAGACACCCCUGUAAUACAAGUAGGUGAAGCAAUGGAUCGAUGUGAGUCUACUGAAGAUGUGAAUAUUCAUCAUGUGUCAACCGCUGAAGCAAGACCUAAACACACUGUGACAGAAGCCAGUAAGGAAAGAGACCAAACCAACUCCAAUGUCAUGAGGAAAAUUUUACAAGAGGUUAUUGAUGAAGAGUCUGAAGGAUCAGACUACCAGACAUUCUACAUCAAGCAAGAGCCCCCUGAUGAUCAGGAUGGCGAUGAUGAUAUAACAACAAUGCCAAGGUCAUCAGCUUGUACACCACAAUUGGAGCCUAACCGUUGGAGGUCACCCCAGCAGAGUAGUAGCAUGAGAGCCCCAAUAGAGAAUAGAGGACAGCAUUCUAAAUCAAAUAAGAUCUACAAACUGAAAUUCCACGUGACUCAGGGAAUCACCAAGGUGAUAUAUGCCAUCGACUCGCCCAAUGAAACUGUCAAGGGUGCCAACCUAAAGAAGGCCAUAUGUUCAAAGCUCCAACAUCCGAUGAACUCCCUUCUGCUGCAGUACUAUGACGGAUGCUGGCAAGAGUGGAUCGACGUGGAAGAAUCAAUGGCCUUGAGAGGAGGGACGCGACUAAGGGUUACCCAGAGAAGUCGUAGCGGGGCAGAGCUGCGCCAUCAGAUCCCGAAUACCAGCGGGCGGAAGGAACACACACUCAAGUACCAUGUGACCUUGGAAAACUCCAAGCAGUUGCUGACCAUGGAUUCGUCUGAGGAUACUGUAUCUGGUGCUGCAAUCAAGGAGGCAGUCUGUAGCAUGCUGCAUAACAUGAGGGAGCAAGUCCUGCUCCAGUAUUUUGACAAUGAUUGGCAAGAGUGGAUCAAUGUUGGACCGUCUACGAUGCUGAAAGGAAGGAUGUACCUCAAAAUCCUUCAAGCAAGUCGCAGUUCACCAUUUAACUCCUAUGCUCUGUCCAUUCUGUAAAGCAAUUAAGUACUCAACAUGGAUUCAUCAAAGACUACUCUCUCCU